AUGGAAAAUCGAAAGAACGUGACUGAAUUCAUUUUAGUGGGUCUCACACAGAGCCCCGAUAUGCAGAAGUUAUUCUUCGUUGUGUUUUUCAGUGUGUACAUUGCAACUCUGGUGGGGAAUCUUCUUGUUGUGGUAACUAUAAUCUCCAGCUCGACUCUGGGGUCCCCUAUGUAUUUCUUCCUUGCCUACCUGUCCUUAAUCGAUACCUGCUACUCCACCUCCAUCACCCCCAAAAUGCUCGUAGAUCUGCUGUCCAUGAGGAAAACCAUUUCCUUCAACCGAUGUAUGGCUCAACUCUUUAUCGAACAUUUGUGUGCUGGGGCUGAGAUAGUCCUUCUCUUGGCCAUGGCCUAUGACCGGUACGUGGCCAUCUGUAACCCCCUGCACUACAUAACCAUUAUGAGGCAGACCGUGUGCAGCCUGUUGGUGGGGGUGGCUUGGGGCGGGGGCUUUCUUCACGCAACCCUGCAGAUUCUCUUCAUGUCGCCUUUACCAUACUGUGGUCCCAAUGUGAUCGAUCACUUCAUGUGCGAUCUGUUCCCUUUGCUGAAACUCGCCUGCACCGACACCCACAUCUUCGGUCUGCUAGCCGUGGCCAACAGCGGGGCGAUGUGCACUUUGAGUUUUUUUCUUUUGGUCAUUUCUUACGUCGUCAUCUUCCGUUCCCUGAAAAAUCAGAGUUCUCCAGGGAGACGCAAAGCUCUUUCCACUUGCGUCUCCCACGUCAUCGUUGUGAUCUUCUUCUUUUUCCCCUGCAUUUUCACAUACAUGAGACCCGUGUCCACCUUCCCAAUAGAUAAGUCGGUGGCUGUAUUUUUUACCAUCAUCACCCCUAUAUUAAAUCCCAUAGUUUACACUGUGAGAAAUGCAGAGGUGAAAAGUGCCAUGAGGAAGUUAUGGAGCCCCAAAGCGACUUCAGGUUGCAAAUAG